AUGACGGACUCGGUUCUUGUUGAGUUCGAGGACCAAGAGGGCUGUAAAGUCUCGGACAGGCUCCAGAUCCCGGUCAAGAUACUUAGAUCGCAGCUGCAGUUGCUUGCAAACACCCACCUCUCGCUUUAUGUCAACGGACAGCCUGUUCUUGAAACGCUUGAGGAAACACUGAAGCAGCAGAACAUCUCGUCUGCAGAGGAGGUUGUAAAGAUCAGAAUGAGUGAGGAGGAGCCAGCAACACAGGCGGCUUUCCACUGCUCCUCGUCGUUUAGUGGACACGAAGGGCCUGUUCUGUGUGUGAGGUAUGGUGGAGUGAUUGUCACCGGAGGAGGAGACUCCACAGUGCGGUUCUGGGAUCCUAUGACAAGGACGCAAAGCAAAGUGGUCAAGAGACACGACCACUGGGUUCAGUCUCUUGACAUUUCUCCUGACGGAAAGUGGAUUGCCAGUGGAGCGCUUGACGGGAGUGUUAAUCUGUACUCCAGCGAUGGUGAAUACAUCAGGAGCUUUCCAGGGCACAGAAAAGGCAUUGUGGCGUUAGCAUUCCACAGGGGAAAUCUAGUGACGGGGUCCAGAGACAACUCUGUUGUAGUGUGGAGCCUGAACGGGGAGGUUCUUCUUUCGUAUGCCCACACAAUGCCUGUCACAUGCAUCUGCUCUGGAGAGGACUACAUGGCCUCUGGAAGCAAGGACGGAAGAAUCAAGGUCUACAAGAACCUCAGGUUUGCUGAGGAACUCCGGGGACACUCCUCCGGAAUCAACGCAAUCGACUGCAACGGAAACUAUAUGGUAUCUGGAUGUGACGGAGGGGAUGUGAUUGUCUGGAAAGGAUUUGCAUUGCACAAGCGAAUGAAGCACAGCGCAGAAGUCAUUUCCGUCUCCAUCUCCCCUAACAAGCUUUAUGUCGCAUCUGGAUCAUUCGAUAAGUCUGUGAAGCUGUGGAGCAUGGACUCCGGACAGCAGCUUUCGAGCUUCCGCCAUAUGGACCUCGUGUAUAAGAUCAAGAUGAUGAACGACCUGGUAGUUUCAUGCUCAAAAGACAAGACCAUCAAGAUGUUCCGGGUAAGCAAGAAGAAGGUUGUAAGCGAUCUGGUUUGCGACGAUGAGGUGUAUUGUUUUGACAUGAGGAGUGAUGGAGGUCUUGUGUGUGGAACAAGAAGCAAUAGAGUAUACUUCUUCAACUGA